AACAUUUAUAAUUACAUUCUUUUUCUGUUAGUUCUGAGUAGGAAUUAACAAAAUUACAUUGUAGUUGCUUCUAUGACAGUACCUCUAAAAACAAUUGGAAGGGUUUAUAAUAAGUACAUUUGUGAUUUAUAAGCUGCGUACUUCAAAAUCUCUUGUCCUUGAUAUUAUCUGGAAAGAAUACCACAGUGAGAUUGAUCUGACAGAAGAAAAUGGAAGAUUCCGAUAUGGAGCCGCUUGUAGAUAAUGUGUUAAGUUGGUGUUGGAACAUUAUAAAGAGAAGGUUAGGACCAGAUGCUGCCUUGUUUGUUGAAGGGGACAUGUACUUGAAACUGUCGUCCAAAUACAUACCACUGGACAUACAGAAAGAUUUACAGACAAACAGUGUACAAGAGUUUCCUUGCGGUAUAGCCAGCUGUAACCAAAUGUUUAGCAGUGUAUCAAAAUAUGAAACCCAUUACAACAGUUUUCAUCGUAAUGUAUGCCAGACAUGUCACAGAAUUCUGCCGUCUGCUCAUCUACUGGAGAUCCAUAUCCUGGAAGCACAUGAUGUCAUGUUUGCUCUUCAAGCAGAAAAACAAGACAUGUUCCAGUGUCUGUUAGAGAAUUGUUCAAAGAAGUUCAAGGACACAGCAGCAAGACGUGAUCACAUGGUGAAAAUACAUAAAUAUCCUAGUAACUAUAGAUAUGAUAGACAUAAACAUAAAAGCACACCGAAAAAGAAAGGUGUUGGUCACAGAAAUGGAGAUACUGUUGCCAUGGAAAUAGAUCCAGCCCCUGUUUCAAAGCCAGUCAGUAGUGAAAUAGAUCAGCUAAACACCCGUUCUGAAGAAAAAGUAUCUAGUGGAAGAAUAUUUAGUCAUAAGGUACCUAAGAACAUCUGUUUUGGCCAAGGAGUAUCUCGUGGUUUUCUAGGAGGGCGUGGUCGUGGGCGAGGCAAGCAUUCGAACAAGAAACACUGGCAUAACAAAGGUACAGCCGACAUGGAUACUGCUGUUGAUAUAGAAACUGUGGAUAUGUCCGAGUUAUCAUCCGCACUGUCUUAGCAUUACUUGGUUCUAGUCUAUGGAAAUCUACAAACGAGGGUUUGUUAGUGACCAUAGUAGACAUUUGUUGAAAAUGAUCAAAAGACUUUAGUAAUAAGGACCAGGUUUGCCAAAUGAAAGCAUGUCAAAACAAAAAAACAGUGACAGGGAAAGUAGAUACUUUCUGAAAUGACCUAAAAUCUUGUAUUGUUAAAGAUGCUGUGGCAAAUGCAAGCAUGUCAAACAGAAAAAUAGUGACAGGGAAAUACAUUACAUAUAUGUUGUUGUGUACAGUGCAUGUUUUUUUUUUUUACAACAUACAAUAUUCAGUGUCAAGGCCCAGGUGACAGUUGCUUCAUAUUGAAAUGGAUGUUGCCAGACAAAGGCCUCUUUGAAAAGUGACCUGUAUGCAUGCUUACCAUUUGUAUACAACAAGCAAGAAUAUUUGAACACUGUCAUUUACAAGUGAAUUUUUAUAUGCCACUUCAGAUGUUAAAUAUAUGAGUAUAUGUAAAUAUUCUUGGUGUAAAUACAUUAUCUUUUUGUCAUUUGCUCAGCAGUGCUUUGAUUUAGAUCGUUUUUGAAGACUCUUUUUUUAGUAAAAUUGAAGAUGUUUGAGAACGGAACUCUGAAUAAUAUAGCACACAGGCAAAUUUACAUUUUCCAAAUUGUUCUCCGUGGAACUUAUACAUGAUUAUUAUGUCUCCCACCACACAAUGGUGUGGGAGACAUAUUGAUUUACUCCAGUCUGUGUGUCUGUCUGUCACAAAGCUUGUCCGCACUCUAAAUCGAACAUUUCUCAUCCGAUCUUCACCAAACUUCAACAAAAUGUGUCUGCCAAUAAGUGCUCGGCCAAGUUCGAUAACUAGAACACUCAGAUUUCUUGCGCAGUUUUACCCCUAAACCAGUUUUGGUGUCAAGAAAGCGCAUGCACAUGUGGAUUAAGUAAACAGUAUAUAAAGACUGACUUACUAUUUAGAUGAUUAGGCAGUUGUGGGAAAAGCAUCUCUAGUUUUCUUCUAUGUUUUUCACAGAAAAUUUUAGUGUACAGUAAAUCAUAGUGGCAUUCCCUAUCUUAACCCUUACCCUACUAAAUUUCUAUAUUGAAAUUGUCCAUCUUUCAAUUUGGACAGUCUUAUUAACUGAUAAAAGGGGUGUUUACCAAAAAGAUACUGACUGAAUGGCCAACAGUGCAGAUCUUGAUCAGACUGCAUUGACCUGCAGGCUGAUCAUGAUCUACAAUGGUCGCAAAGGCAGAAUCAAUCAUGUCUAGCAUGAUAAGGGUUAAAUAUGUUUCUUUCCAGAAGAUAAAUUGAACAAGACAUAAAAUAUUAAUUUUGAUCCAGAAAAGAAGUGAUAAAUGGAAAUCAUGACUUUAUGCCUUUUCAAGUUUAUCAUCUAUGCCAUAUAUUUGAAAAUAUUUGGUUUAGCACCGUUUAUGCUAUAUCAGUACUAACCAGUUAUUUUAUGUAAGUUUCUCAGAAUCAAAGAGCUAAUACACAGUUCCUAUGUGAUCGCAUUGUGGUUACCUGAGCACUUUGUUUCAAUUUAGUUGACGACAUAUUCCAGUAAACUGCAUUAGUAACACGUUAUGACAUUUUAUCGAAAUACAGUAUUUAUCUCUUUAUACAUGACCAUGAAUUGCUACAACUUAACAAGCUUUGCUUUAUAAUAAUUGUUUGAAAUCCUUGAAGUCGAAUUCGCCAAUCAGCUUACUUGAUCAGUGACCAUGCAUGUUUCAAAUAUAAUGGUAAUAUAGAUUCGAUAAUAAAAUUUCUGUUACUUGAA